AGGCUGGCUUACCACAAGAGCGGGAAAAUUCUCCUACUGAAAAAAUCGAAAUUGCGAACCGUUAGGGUUUAUUUUUUCUUCCGGCAAUGUCGCGACGAGGCGGUGGCCCCGUGACGGUGUUGAACGUGGCGGAGAAGCCGUCCGUGGCGAAGUCAGUGGCGGGGAUUCUGUCCCGUGGAAGUUUCCGGACUCGAGAGGGUAGGUCUCGCUACAACAAAAUCUUCGAGUUCGAUUACGCCAUUAAUGGCCAGCCAUGUCGUAUGCUAAUGACCUCCGUCAUCGGUCACCUGAUGGAGCUUGAGUUUUCCGAUCGUUACCGCAAAUGGCACUCCUGCGACCCGGCAGAUCUGUACCAAGCUCCGGUCAUGAAACACGUUCCCGAGGACAAAAGGGACAUUAAGAAGACAUUGGAGGAGGAAGCGAGGAAAAGCGACUGGCUUGUGCUUUGGCUUGAUUGUGAUAGGGAAGGUGAAAACAUUGCAUUUGAAGUUGUUGAUGUUUGCAGAGCUGUCAAACACAAUCUUUUUAUACGGAGGGCUCAUUUCUCUGCGUUAAUUGACAGGGAAAUUCACGAAGCAGUUCAGAAUCUUAGAGAUCCUAAUCAACUGUUUGCUGAGGCUGUUGAUGCUAGACAAGAAAUAGACCUACGCAUUGGUGCUUCUUUCACUAGAUUUCAGACUAUGCUGCUGAGAGAUAGGUUUGCUAUUGACUCCACGGGCGAGGAGAGGAGUCGUGUUAUAAGUUAUGGUCCUUGUCAGUUUCCUACACUUGGCUUUAUUGUAGAGCGAUACUGGGAGAUACAGGCACAUGAACCAGAAGAGUUUUGGACAAUCAACUGUUCUCACCAAUCAGAAGAAGGCAUUGCUACCUUUAAUUGGAUGCGUGGUCAUCUCUUCGAUUAUGCUUCAGCUGUCAUAUUAUAUGAGAUGUGUGUUGAAGAACCUACUGCCACCGUAAUGAAUGUUCCACAUCCAAGGGAAAGAUUCAAAUAUCCUCCUUAUCCUUUGAACACCAUUGAACUUGAAAAACGUGCUUCAAGAUACUUCCGCCUGAGUUCAGAGCACACCAUGAAGGUGGCAGAAGAAUUAUAUCAGGCUGGUUUCAUCAGCUAUCCUCGUACAGAGACUGAUGCUUUUUCGAGCAGGACAGAUUUACGUGCUAUGGUGGAGGAGCAAACAAGACAUCCUGAAUGGGGUGCAUAUGCACAAAGACUAUUAGAACCUGAGGGGGGACUCUGGAGAAACCCUGGUAAUGGUGGUCAUGAUGACAAGGCUCAUCCACCCAUUCACCCAACAAAGUUUUCUAGCGGAGAGUCUAAUUGGAGCAGAGAUCACCUUAAUGUAUAUGAGCUAGUUGUCCGCCAUUACCUAGCAUGUGUUUCGCAGCCAGCAGUUGCUGCGGAAACCACAGUCGAAAUUGAUAUUUCUGGUGAGCGCUUUUCUGCAUCUGGGAGAGCAAUAUUAGCUAAAAACUACCUUGAGGUGUACCGCUUUGAGUCUUGGGGGGGUUCAGUGAUUCCCGUGUAUGAAAAAGGGCAGCAGUUUAUCCCAACAAGUUUGACUCUUGAUUCAGCUGUAACGAGGCCACCACCGUUAUUGUGUGAAGCUGACUUACUGAGUUGUAUGGACAAGGCAGGCAUUGGCACCGAUGCGACAAUGCACGACCACAUUAAGAAACUCCUUGAUCGGGGUUAUGCUACAAAGGAUGCUAAUACACGAUUUUCUCCAACCAACCUGGGUGAGGCGCUUGUGAUGGGAUAUGAUGACAUGGGGUAUGAACUUUGGAAACCAAAUCUCAGGGCCAUCAUGGAACAUGAUAUGAAUGAAGUUAGUGUUGGUAGGAAAACUAAAGCUGAAGUUCUUGAAACAUGUUUGCAGCAAAUGAAAGCUUGUUUCUUGGAUGCAAGAGUAAAAAAAUCAAAGCUCCUAGAAGCAAUGACUAUUUUCUUUGAAAGAUCUAAUAACACUGAUGAAGGUGAAAAUCAGACAGCUGGUGAAGUUGUCAGACGAUGCAAUCUCUGCAAUGAAUCAGAUAUGGCACUCAGGAAGAACCGGGAUGGCAAUUUCAUGGUUGGAUGCAUGAAUUAUCCUCAGUGUCGAAAUGCAGUCUGGCUUCCUGGACCAACACUGGAAGCAUCUGUCACUACUAAUGUUUGUCAAUCUUGUGGUCCAGGCCCAGUCUACAAGAUACUUUUCAAGUUCCGGCAAAUUGGAAUUCCACCAGGCUUUGAGGUUAAUCACUUAGGUUGUGUCGGUGGCUGUGAUGGCAUUCUUAAACAGUUGAUAGACAUAUGUGGAACUGGGUCCCGUUCUCAAGCAAGGAGAGCUCCAGAUACUGUACCUCCAAACAAUAUCCGAGGAAGCAAUACAAGACAGAGUAAUGUCUGCAUACAUUGUCAACAGCGAGGCCAUGCUUCUAGUAAUUGUCCCUCACGGGUUUCAGCAUCGCGAAAUUCUCGUCCUACUGGAACAAAUCCGAGAAAUGAUGAGAGUACAGUAUCAUGUAACACAUGUGGAACACAGUGUGUUCUUCGUACAGCCAACACAGAAGCUAACAGGGGAAGACAAUUCUUCUCAUGUCCAACACAAGGCUGCAGUUUCUUUGCAUGGGAAGAUGGCAUCAGCAACAGUAGUGGGAAUGCAACAACAGGGUCUAAUAGCGGUGGAAGCGGUAGACGUGGCAACCGUGGUCGUGGCCGUGGAGGUAGAGGCGGCCAAAGUGGAGGACGACGUGGCAGUGGAACGAGCUUCGUCUCUGCAACUGGAGAGCCAGUGAGUGGUAUAAGGUGCUUCUCAUGUGGGGAUCCUUCACAUUUUGCUAACGCUUGUCCUAAUCGUAACUCUUAACGGUAACUUUUUCUAAGCCUACGUACUAUGUAUUUAAGUUAAUUACUUGAUUUGGGCUUAUAAUUUUGUAUUAUAUUUAUUGACCACAAAAAUAAUAAAUGGCCACUUCUGCCCUGGAA